GAUGUCAUAAAUCACUAUGUUUAAUUAAUUUUACUUGUAGUAUAAAUAUUCUUCAGUGCGAGAAAAAAAUAUGUUGAGGUAAAUGUAGUAAUGAGACGUAAUCAUUCAUCCCUUGCGGUAGAUGACGCUCAAUGAUCAAACAAUAAAAACACUACCAUUUUAUCAGUGCUGUCCUUCACGACAUGUCAGGUUAGUUGUCGGACGUCGAAAGUUUCCGGAUAGGUUCUCUCAGUGAUGAACAGGUAAACAGGCGUCAGAAUGAACACGGCGCUGAAACACUGGAGGGAAGCGGCGACGGUGAUUCUGACGGCCGGGCUGAGGCGCGCUCCGCCUGCAGACACUCUUAAAGCAGGGCUGGAGAAAGUCACAGAUGUAGCGCACAAAUCUGCCUUUGACUAUGAAGUGCUCCUGCUGAAACGCAGCAGGAACAGCGGGUUCAUGCCCAAUGCCUAUGUGUUUCCUGGCGGUCUGGUAGACGCGUCGGACUUCUCCAGCGAGUGGCAGGAGCUCUUUAAUCCCUUCACCAAAGCGCCCAACUACGGCGUCAAAGUGGUGAAGCAGUCGCCGGAGACCAGGCCGCCCAUCUUCGCCACUGACAGAUCCCAGCUGGGCUCUCCGAUCCCGGGAGACGUGGCUUUCAGGAUAUGUGCCGUGAGAGAGACGUUUGAGGAGUCCGGUGUGCUUCUAGCUCUUCCCAAAGACGAGUACAGCGUGACCCGCACGCGCAGCCUGGAUACGCAGCCGAGCCUGACCAGACUGAGCGGACAGUGGGGCACAGAGGUGCUGUCAAAGUGGAGAUCUCGGGUUAUUGGAGACCCUGCCAACUUCAUUAAGAUGUGCAGGGAGCUGCAGUGUCUGCCCAACAUCUGGGCUCUGCACGAGUGGGGGAACUGGCUGACACCCAUAGGCUUGUACGGCAAACAGAGGCGAUACGACACGGCCUUCUACAUCUGCUGUCUGCAGGAGACUCCACACACACUGCACGACGACAAGGAGAUCGUUCACUUUAAGUGGUCCACGCCAUUAGACGUGCUGCGCAGCUACAAAUCGAGGGACAUCUGGAUCGCUCCCCCGCAGUACUAUGACAUUGGGCGAAUGUGCCGCUUUCCAGCUCUCAGAGAUCUCCAUCACUUUGCCUGGCAGAGGUCUUCAGAGGGCUGUGAGCAGUGGCUUCCUGUUCACAUGCUGACCUCUGAUGGCUUUGGGACACUAUGUACCAAGAGAACGUGGACUCAUCUGGAAAUGGUGGCGGUGUUCUGAAGACUGAGAAAAGCCUAGAAGAGCUCCGGUGGGACAGUGCAAACCUGCACCGUAUUGUUGGUCACGAUCCAUAUUCAGUGUCUGUCCAAAUUAACAUCACGUCCAGUUAUAAUCACCUGUGUCCUGUCAGUGGUGCAGAUAUUGAUGACCUCUCUAAAAACAACAGUAAACUCU